CUUAAUUCUUCAGAAGCGAGCAAGCAAAACGGCGCCGCUCACGGGCGUUUUGGGUGUUGAACCCGUUUCAACCUUCUUCUUCACUCUCCCCUUUCAGUUUGCUUUUUCCCCACUGUUCUUGUUUUCAACAUCCAUAUUUUUCUCAUCUUCAUAGUCCAUUAAUCUUACGUGAUAGAAAUUGGAUGUAGAAUGGAUUCAUCAUUAGUAUUCUCGCUAAAGCUAAAACCCCACCACCAUUCUUUCUCUUUCUGUUCUUGCAAACCAUACCAACUAUCGUUUCUCUCAUCCCCUUCUCUCCAUUCCCACUCUUCUCGCCCACGUUUCACUUCCUCAAAACAUGCUGUUGCUAAAAAAUUACCCAAAAGAAUUCGCUGCGAGUUCGACGGAAAAGUUAAUGGCGCUUUCUUUUCUGAUUCGGACUCCCGCCUACUCGACCGGCAAAAAGCAUUGGAGGCAGCAAUGAACGACAUAAAUAAUUCAUUUGGAAAAGGAAGUGUUACAAGACUGGGCAGUGCUGGUGGAGCUCUAGUUGAAACUUUUCCAAGUGGCUGCUUGACACUAGAUUUUGCCUUAGGUGGUGGCCUUCCCAAGGGAAGAAUUGUAGAGAUAUUUGGACCAGAGAGUAGUGGAAAGACAACCCUAGCACUCCAUGCAAUUGCAGCAGUACAGAAGCUUGGAGGCCAUGCAAUGCUUGUUGAUGCAGAGCAUGCCUUCGAUCCAUCAUAUUCAAAAGCAUUGGGAGUGGAUGUAGAAAACUUGAUUGUCUGCCAACCUGACAAUGGCGAGAUGGCACUGGAAAUUGCAGAUCGUAUGUGUCGAUCUGGUGCCAUAGAUCUUAUCUGUGUUGAUUCCGUGUCAGCUCUCACGCCUCGAGCAGAGAUCGAAGGUGAGAUUGGAAUGCAGCAAAUGGGAUUGCAAGCACGUCUUAUGAGCCAAGCUUUGCGUAAAAUGUCAGGAAAUGCCUCUAAAGCUGGCUGUACUCUAAUAUUUCUGAACCAAAUUAGAUACAAGAUUGGUGUAUACUAUGGGAAUCCAGAAGUAACUAGUGGAGGAAUUGCAUUGAAGUUCUUUGCAUCUGUUCGCCUAGAAAUACGUCCUACGGGGAAGAUAAAGUCUGCCAAAGGAGAUGAGGAUAUUGGGCUUCGAGUCCGCGUGAGGGUGCAGAAGAGUAAGGUAUCUCGGCCCUACAAGCAAGCAGAAUUCGAAAUCAUAUUUGGGGAGGGUGUGAGUAAACUGGGAUGCGUUUUGGAUUGUGCUGAGAUGUUGGAUGUUGUGGUAAAGAAGGGCUCCUGGUAUAGCUAUGGAGAGCAUAGGUUGGGACAAGGGAGAGAGAGAGCUUUACAAUAUUUGAGAGAGAAUCCUCUUCUUCAUGAUGAAAUAGAAAAGGUUGGUCUCUAUCCUCCAUUCUUUUUCCUUAAAUGAAAUGAUAAAUUGUUUACUGUAGGGUUUUAGACUUUUUUUUUUAUC